AUGUAUGUAUAUAUUGAUGUGAGAUUAGAAGUACUGUCAGAGUUGAAUAUCAAUUUACUUGUUGACAAAAAUGAACCAAAAGACCAAGACGACAUACUUCUUCCUGAAUGGAAAGACAUUACCGAAUUCCUGAACAAAGCAACCGAUGACUUUGAGAUUGGCCAACUUGUACAAUUGCCAUCCUUCUCUUUAUUUGAUGCAAUGAGCGCAAUUGAAAUUAUGGACCCCAAGAUGGACACAGGCAUGGUUCUUCCAGAUAGUCAGAGUGGUGUAUUUGAUGUCUCGAAACGUAUCAGUGCACCUCACUUGAUUUGGAUUAUGGAUCGUCUCUUGAGUUAUGAAAUGGCAUGGAUUUCAGGACAUGCUUUGUCACAGACUGUGUUUACGUGUACAUAUUUUCAUCACAUAACUGCAUUGGCCGAAGACUACCACCCUCCUGCUGCUACAGACCCAGCAGAAGUAAUCUACAGUGCACUUCGGACAUACAUUAUUGCCACGGUCAAGUGCUGUCAUUAUGUGUGGAAUGAGAUGACACAAGGCAAUGUAUACGAGGAAGAAGACUUUACAACCAAUCUUUUUGGUCUUCAUUUAUGUGAACAAUUCUCGGAUGUGCGAGUAUUAAACGAUAUCGACACAUCGCUUCAUCUGAUUGGACAGGUUAUUGAACGAGAGCCAAAAGAUAUUGAGAUCAAGGAUCUCAAGGGUAUUGUGAACAGACUUCAAGCCAGAAAGGAAUUCUUGGUCGGUCUUGUCUAUCUCUCCCAGCCACACUGUUCGCAUUUUAGCCAGGCCAGAGCUGAACUGAGAAAUCUUUUGGAUAUCCUGCGAUCUUCAGAACCUGAUUCGAUUCGAAAGACCAUGAGAUGUGAUCAUGUUUUAGAAGGAGCAUUUGACCCAAACAUCAACCGUAAGCUUGUAUCUCAAGCACCACCUCGUCCUAUUAUACUGCAUUCAGAUGAAGAGGUAAUGUCCAUAAAUCCAAAGAGCCAAUCAGUAAUAUAUUGUAGACUGACAUUCUAUACACAGUCAUAUGACAAUUUGAUAUUAUUGGUUGAACGCUUAGAAUCUAUCUGCAAUGUACCUGAAUUUCCUUCUACUGGAUCUCUUUUUAAUUACUUUGGUUACUUUGCAGCCAAACCUUACCCUGACGCUCUUUCACGCUCGACCUUGAAUACUUCUUUCUAUCACGACUCACGUAUAUUUGGAAUGUAUCCCCCUAGCCAGUUGAUUCAAUCUGCAAUUGAAGAAUUCACACAACCUCCAGAAUGGUGGUUGGCACCCUCAAAGGCUCCAAUCACCGCAUCUCUUACACCUGAAAAUUUAGACCUAGCACGGAAUAUGCUAGACCAGGUCAUGGAUCGUGCUGCUCCUUCGUUUAUAGAUUUCUUCAAGAUACAAUGUCAAAACCGAGCACGUCAACGAAGAAUACAAUGUAAAAUAGUCAAAGAAUGGGAUGCGCUUCAAGAAACGGUAGCUACUGUAGAUGAAAUGUUCCAUGAAAUAUCGGGAAAUGAUACGAUACCUUACUAUAUGUCUUCGUGGGUAUUUAACAUCAAACUCGACAUGAUGGAAAAUAUCCUUGGGCUUGGAUUUGAACUCGAACUCUACGGAAUACACGAGUACAUUAUGGUGUACUGGUACAUGCAGAAUGUUCUCGACAGCCGAGUAUUCCUAAUCAAUCGUGUACAGAAGUUUAUUCAACCUGCAAUCAAUUCGACAUCUGAAUCCAAUAAUGGUGCUACCAGCAGCAAUAGUAAAAAUAACAUUAAUAAUAAUAAUAAUAAUAAUAAUGGUGGUGGUGGUGGUUAUCGUCAACCUGUCCAAACCGGCGUCAAAUCUCCUAAAUCUAUUGUAUCGUCAUCAUCGGCACCACAUCCUGGCUCUAAAGAAAAGAAAGGACCCGAGACCACAUCUGAUUCUUCUCCUUCAGACUUGUUAGAAUGCCUUUCGCUCCUAUACAAGGCCAAGAAGAAUCUUGUGGUUGCGGUGUAUCGAUUGCUGCGUUGUGUUGAAAAGACAGGUCAGCUUGAGUUGCGCCCUCUUGGAUUUGAUGAUGAGGCUACACGAUUCCAGCACCGAUUCAAAUCGUUUGCCGGACUUGCCUCACCUCCAGCACCAAGCUACGAAACCUAUGUAGAGACCCAGAACUUUGAUAUCAAUAUUUCCGAGUGGCUGUGUAGUUGUCUUGCCGAACUAAAGGAAGCAAAGGGUAUUUUUGACACACUCUUGAAUCACCCAGCCGCAGACACAAAGACUGAGAUGUGCGAAGAUGCGUUUAAGAAGGAAUUGCUGGCUAUGAUGCGGACAUGUGUGGCCAACUCUAUUGCUGCCAUGCGAUUAUUAUCCGCCAAUCCAAACGAGACCAAAGUAGACAUUGAAUUCAAGUAUCAUCCUUGGUGGCCUGUUAUUCAGUUGGUCAAUAAAUAA